UUACAGGAUAUUAAAAGAUGUUAACCUUGAAAAAAUACCUCAGUAUACUGUAGACAUGUAAAUGAGAUAAUAUAUCUUAUUCAUCAAAAUCGAUGCAUAGAAGUAGAUAAUGGCUAUCUUCCUUUUGAUUACUACAUGCACAUACGCUCAGCUUGCUUGAUAUCACUAUUGUAUUGAAACCUGCAUACUGCAUACACUUGGGGGAUUUUCCAACAGCCGAUACUAUUUUUAACUCAGUGCCAGCGUCCGCUGGCUUAGUCGUGUUUAUUACAUAUUUGAAACAGUGAUAGUCUACACGUAAAAUUUUUCAUUGAGUUGUGGUUGUCUUAGUUAUACAUUUUUCAGGCAUGGGUGAUGAGUUGCAAAUUUUAGAGGAUUUUGUCAUAGAUCUCAUCCGCUGCAAGAAAAUUCACAACUACACGGCCAAACUUAAAGUAGUACAGGCAUUUUACGGAACUGAAUACGCAAAGAAGAAAACUAAAUGCAGCUUUGAAGACUUCCUGUUACAUCUGUGGUAUUAUUGGUACAUCAGUAGAUACAGCAAGAAGUAUAUCUAUUUCGAUCAGCAAUGGGUCAAUUACUUGAGCCAAACAGAUAAAGUGAGGGAAGUGGAAAACACAUUCUCAGAAUCAAAUUACGUAAACAAGAAGUACUGCAUGUUAUGCGAUUUCAAUUUCACUUCAAGUAGUCAACGUGAUAUCCACUUGAAGAGAACUGAUCACCAAAUCCGUCUGCAAUAUGUUAAAGAUAAAACUGUGUUUGACUCUACAGAAGACAUUUUAUCAAUGAAAAUCCAAAAUCAUCGUGCUGAAGGUGAAGAUCUAUCUUUCUAUCCAUCUGAAGAAAUAUCUGCGCAACAAAAUACAAUAACGAUAAGGACAAAAACCAAACAUCCAGUGGAGGCUACACUCCUUUUUACGAAUAGAUCAGGAAAAACGUUAUACAUCAAAGAAGUGGUACAAAUAAAUCCAUUUCUAAGUGGUGUUGAAAUGGAUGCACAUUACAUUUCAGAACAAGUCGUUCACAACAAGGAGAGCAUCUCAAUUAAGUUCAAAUUGAGUUUUCGGAACAGUUCCGAUUUUUCAAUGCCACUCGUCGUAGUGACGACAAACAGUAAUAUCUUGAAGAACAUUAUAUUUGAGGUGACCUCUGAAUAUAGUGUCUUGAAAUCGGAAGGUGUUAUCAAUACUAGGCAAAAUGCAAAACCUGAUAAUGACCACGUUAUUCUUGGAGAUGAGGAGAUUAUUCCUGGAAAGAAACCUGAGCCAUACCUGUCUAAGUAUAAAGAAACGUUGCCAUUACGUUUUUUCAAAAUAAGCAAACAAAGAGAAAAGCAAUUACGUGGAAUUAUUGAGAAUUAUCCGAGCUUUAUAGAACGAAAUGCUGCUAACAGUAUUUUUUACAAGGACUUUGCUCGUAUUCUUAGAAUAAAACCACCAAUAAAAGAAGAUAACUAUGUAGAUAUGUUGAUGAAAAUAUUGGAUGUAGAAGAAAACCAAAUGCAGGUGGACAUUCGUGAGUAUGACAUGCACACUGCAAUGGAAGCAGUGCCAAAUGAAUACAAGAAAGGUUCACUUCUUUACAGGCUGGAGGUACCUGGAUUAGCAGAGGCAAGGCCGUCUUUAUUGCCUUAUGAUUCAGUGUAUGUCAAAAUAGAAAAGACUCAUAAUGUGAAGUACGAAGGCAUAGUCCACAAGGUGCUUGAAACUGCCGUUCAUCUUGGAUUCAAUUCCAGAUUCGCCCAAAACUUCAUUUCAAAGAAGAAGUACUUUGUUGAGUUUGGUUUCAACAGAAGACCUAUGCGAGUUGAGAAGCAGGCACUAGCACUGGCUAACGACCAUAAAAUAAUUCCAUAUUUUUAUCCAACUUGCCAAGAGAUGGAGAGCGUGAUUCCUGAUAACUUAUAUUAUUUCAACACAAGUUUGAAUCACGAACAGAAAAUUGCAGUAGAGAAUAUAAUGAAUCAUGAUUUGAAAGUACCAUACAUAAUAUUUGGACCACCUGGAACAGGAAAGACUGUCACCGUUGUAGAGGCCAUAUUACAACUUUGGAAAACACAACCGUCAUCAAAAAUACUAGCCUGUGCUCCGUCAAAUGCGGCGGUCAAUGAAAUAACCAACAGACUCUUAAACGUGAUGCCAACUACGGAUAUAUUUCGCUUCGUAGGUAACAGCUACGGCCACGACAUCAAAAUGAAAAAAUUGGCAAAAAUCGUCAAUUUAUACCCAGACGGUAGCUUCUACAUGCCUUCCAUGCAACAGCUUUUAGGAUAUAGAGUGCUGCUAACCACUUUGGUCACUGCUGCCAGGAUUGUAAACGGGGGCGCUCCAAAAGACCACUUCACGCACGUGUUUAUAGACGAAGGAAGCUACGCGACAGAAUCGCAAACCCUCAUUCCCAUCGCUGGAAUUCUGUCACAUGAUGACAGAAAAGGAUUUAUUAAAGGCAACGUGAUACUGGCAGGUGAUCCGAAACAGUUGGGACCCUUAGUUCACUCGCAGUUUGCUACUCACUGUGGAUAUGGUACAUCUAUGCUAGAACGGUUGCUGGAUUCAUGUGAACCGUACAGCAGAAACGAAAAUUUGGAAAAUAACUAUGAUCAAAGAUAUUUGACCAAACUGCUGAAAAACUACAGAUCUCACGAAGCAAUUCUGACAGUGCCAAGCAAACUAUUCUACCACAGUGAACUUAUAGCAGGUGGUAGUGAUAUGAGCCAUGUUUUCACUGAGUGGGAACAUCUCAAGACACCGGGAUUUCCUGUGAUUUUCCAUCAUGUCGAAGGUGUUGAUCUCAGAGAAACAACUUCUCCCAGCUUUUUUAAUGUCCAAGAAAUUGAGGAGGUUAUGGAAUACGUGACCAAGCUAGUUGAUUCUAGAGUCAGUGGGAUGAAAAUAAAACAAUGUGAUCUUGGUAUCAUAACACCUUAUAGAAAACAGGUACAAAAAAUUAAUAAAGCUCUAAGUAAGAAGAAAAUGAAUGAAAUUUUGGUUGGAUCUGUUGAGCAGUUCCAAGGAAAAGAAAAGUUAAUUAUUAUAGUUUCUACUGUCAGAUCAAAGAACUUCGCAUUGUAUGAGGAGAUAGAUAAAAAAUGUAAACUAGGAUUUCUCAGAAACCCGAAGCGUUUCAAUGUAGCACUAACAAGAGCUAAGGCAUUGUUAAUCGUGGUAGGAAACGGAAAAGUAUUACAGGAUGAUCUAAAUUGGCAAACUUUUAUACAAUACUGCGCGGACAAUAAUUCGAUUGCAGGAAAGAGGUUCGUGCUACAGAAACCUACAUGAUAACAAAGACUGAUCGUUAUUAUUUUAGUAUUAUUUAUAUGAUUUAUUACCUUUAUGUUGUUUUCAUAUAUGAUUUAUUAAAUAAUUUUAGGUU